AUGGCCGGGUCCCAACUCGAGAAGCACCGGGAGGGAGGGAAGAAGUGCGUCUUCGUGGCAGGCCCGUGUGGCCCCCGUAUGCUUGAAGAGUUCGUGGAGGCCAUUCUUGCCAUGGAGGAUGAGAAGGAGGAGACCGGGACCGGCCAGGCAUUCAGCUUCCAGGCCAAAAGCUCGAGGAUCAUGGUGUCUAUUUGGCGUCUGAUCGACCCCACUGGCACCUAUGGCCAGAGCUCUCCCAUGGCCGGAGGUAGCAUCGAUGGUGUCCAUGUAGCAGCUUGGAGGUCUGCCGAGCUCCCGAAGAAGGGCGUGGUACCAAAACAGGGCCACGAGUUUCAAGUUGCGUCGGCCUUUACGCGCCCAGUCCUAGCCUUCCUCGCCCUGGCAUGGGCCCAGGAGAACUCCGAGGAGGGGAAGCAAGAGGCCGAGGCCCUCUUCCUCCGCGUGGAUCUGGAUAAGAACAACUUCGUGGACCCGAGCGAGCUCCACGAGUGGAUCAAGACCGAGGCUGAGGCGUAUGCGCCUUCCGAGGAAUCGGGCAUGACGGCGGAGGAGGUGGAAGAAGAGGCCAAGAUCGCCAUGGAGGCCUUCGACCAUGACAAGGACGGCAAGUUGACCCAGGCUGAAUUUGUGGAGGCCCUCAUAGCCAUGGAAGAGGCUGGCGAGGACGGAAGACGACAAAGGCAGCGACCUCUGAGAUGGUCGCCGAAUUUUGCGCCGUGA